CUCAGUCACAUAUUCCAAGUCCAACAAAAACAGCACCAAAAUGUACAGUUGCUCUACAAUGGCGUCUCUUCUCAGUCAACCUCCCACUUUUCCUCUGCAACACAAGGCAAAUCGAUCUAGUCUUAGCAGAAUAUGUACGAAUCCACUGUCCGAACAACUUUACAAGACAAGUUCUAGAAUCGGCAAACGUCAUGGGAAUUGUUCGGUGACGAAAGCCAAGAUGGCCAUUGAAGGAGAUGUGAUCGAGAAACAACAAUCUGUUACUCUCAACGACAAGCAUGAUUAUGGGGUUGUUAGUGUCCACCACGUUGGGCUCUUGUGCGAGAACCUGGAAAGGUCUCUCCACUUUUACCAGAAUAUUCUUGGCCUUGAAAUCAAUGAAGCAAGGCCACAUGACAAGCUUCCCUACAGGGGUGCUUGGUUAUGGGUUGGUUCUGAGAUGAUUCAUCUGAUGGAGCUUCCAAAUCCUGAUCCUUUGACCGGAAGACCUCAGCAUGGAGGCCGUGACCGUCAUACGUGCAUUGCCAUUCGUGAUGUUUCUAAGCUCAAAGCAAUCUUUGAUGAAAACGGUAUUCCUUACACUCUUAGUAAAUCAGGGAGGCCUGCAAUUUUCGCUCGAGAUCCAGAUGCAAACGCUCUGGAGUUUACACAAGUGGACAAUUGAACUCAAUUUCGAGCCACCAACUUUGCAAUGUUGAUGAUGACUCUGGAGUUCCAUUGUCCUAAUAGGAAGAAAAAGAGUUUGUACAGAUUAUAUUAUAUACAAAUAAAGUAGGCCACUGUUGUAGUAAAGUAACUUCUCCUGCAGAAACUAGAAAUGAAUGAAUUUUCCAUUGGACAAAUAUGAGGAUGAUAGUUAACAUUUAUAGGGAUGCAA